CAAACUGACAGCUAGUCUUGACAUAAAAAACAACAUGUUGUUUUUUAUGUCAAGACUUAAAAGGCUAGUUAUGGCUAAAGUGUCAGCAAGCAGUUGCCUAAAGUUAACUUUAAGUUAACGUUAGCUAGCUAGCUACUUAGCUAGCUACAUUUAGAAGACUUGGAGGAACAUACCUGGAAUCCUGUUUUUUUGCCACCAGCAAAAGUAAGUCCAAUAUUCACUGUCCAUUUCUCACUGGUUUGGUCUUCACAAACUCCAGGGAAAUAUAGCUAGCUACCUGGGUCUUUUAGCUGGUGGCUUUCGACUUGUUUUCGACUGUUCACCAGCUAGCUAACGUUAAAUUGCCAUUUGUGCUGGACAUGAAACGUUAACGUUAGCAUACAGAAGAUUUAUCAGUUUUUUUGUUGCUAAAACAGCUUAAAGCUACUGUUACCUGCUGCUGGAAACAAGGUUAAUCAGAGCGAAUCUGGCCAGUAGUUGUCAAGUGUAAGACGGAUCGACAGAAUGACUGACGCACAUCACCACCCUUGGGCCCUGGUACUCAGCUGGAGUCACAAGGUCGACCAUGACUACAAUCUCCGUAGUAUGAGCAACCUGAUGGGCGAGCGGUGGAAGAAAGUGAGCGACGGAGGAGAGCGGAGUCUGAUCAAGGCUCCGUCCAGCGCCAGCCUCAGCAGCCAGGGCGCCUCCGCCGCGACCUCCACCGCAGGUGCGCCAGCAGCACCCACCACUUCCACCGGGGACCUGGAGAGGGCUGCCCGCAAGCAGUUCCAGCAGGAUGUCACGCCCGGCUUCGUCUACGUCCUGGCCGCGUUCUCCGCCCUGGGGGGCUUCUUGUUCGGCUACGACACCGGGGUGAUCUCCGGGGCGAUGCUCCUGCUGAAGAGGGAGCUGGACCUGAGCGCUCUGUGGCAAGAGCUGCUCAUUUCAAGUACUGUGGCCGCGGCCGCCCUGUCUGCCCUGCUGGGCGGCUUCCUCAACGGGCUCUUCGGGCGCAGAGUUUGCAUACUGCUGGCCAGCUUCUUCUUCUCCGUCGGUGGGAUCGUGUUGAGCACCGCCCCUGGCAAAGAGGUUCUCCUGGCGGGGAGGCUCAUCGUCGGAGUCGGGCUUGGUAUUGCCUCUAUGACGGUGCCAGUGUACAUCGCCGAGGCCUCUCCGCCCCACCUCAGGGGUCAGCUGGUGACGGUUAACACCCUCUUCAUCACCGGCGGGCAGUUCACCGCCAGCCUCGUCGACGGCGCCUUCAGCUACCUGCAGCGCGAUGGGUGGAGGUACAUGUUGGGUCUGUCGGUGCUUCCCGCCGUGCUCCAGUUUGUGGGAUUCCUGUUCCUGCCGGAGAGCCCUCGCUGGUUAAUCCAGCAUGGGCUGACCCAGAAGGCCCGCCGCGUGCUCAGUCAGAUCCGAGGAAACCAGAACAUCGACGAGGAGUACGACAGCAUCAAGAACAGCAUCGACGAGGAGGACAGCGGAGGAGAUGGCCCUGUGAUCUGGCGAAUGCUGACCUACCCCCCCACUCGGCGAGCCCUCCUGGUUGGCUGUGGUCUUCAGAUGUUCCAGCAACUUUCAGGAAUCAACACGGUCAUGUACUACAGCGCCACCAUCCUGCAGAUGUCAGGAGUGCGGGACGACAGGCUGGCCAUCUGGCUGGCUGGACUCACCACCCUCACCAACUUCCUGUUCACCCUGCUGGGAGUGUGGCUGGUGGAGAGAGUGGGGCGCAGGAAGCUCACCUUGGGCAGCAUCAUAGGUACAUGUUUGAGUUUGAGUCUGCUGGCCAUCGGUUUUCUGAUGUCCGCCCAGCACAGUCCUCCUGUCACCUUCCACCCUUUAGACCCAUCUAUGGCCAACUCUACCUGCUCCAAAUACCAGCUGUGUGAGCCAUGCAUGCUGGACCCUGGAUGUGGUUUCUGUUACCGUGAGAACAGCUCAGCGCUCCUCGCCUCCUCCUGUGUGCCAGUCAAUAAGGCCUCCACCGAGCAAGCAGCAUGGGGCAGAUGCUCCAACUCCAGCCUGGUGAGAGAUGAGACCUACUGGGCCUACAACUACUGUCCCACCUCCUACUCCUGGCUGGUUCUACUGGGUCUGGUCUGCUACCUGGCUGCUUUCGCUCCAGGGAUGGGUCCGAUGCCGUGGACCAUCAACUCUGAGAUCUACCCGCUGUGGGCGAGGGGCACCGGGAACGCCUGCGCAGCCGGAGUCAACUGGACCUUCAACGUCCUGGUGUCUCUCACCUUCCUCCACCUGGCUCAGUACUUCACCUACUAUGGAGCUUUCUUCCUCUACUCCAGCAUGGCUUUGCUGGGUUUCUUCUUCAUCUACGGCUGCCUGCCGGAGACCAAAGCCCGGCGUCUGGAGGAGAUCGAAGCGCUGUUCGAAAACCAGCUCUGUUCCUGCGGCGCCUCCGAUUCGGACGAGGGACGGCAGGUCGAAUACAUCCGAGUCAAAGGUUCUAACUACCAUCUCUCGGACAACGACGCGUCCGACGUGGACUAGAGAGAGGUUUUCCGUUAGCUUCUGUGAUUACUGAAACAGUGCAGAGUGUCGCGUGGUAUUUUUCUUUCUUUUUUUGUGCGUGCGCGUGUGAGCCGAGGAGCCGCUGCUUACCCUCGCUAUGAGGUUCAGAAUCCCAGCUUGCUUGUAUCAUUAAGUCGAGCGAGGUUCACUUCCAAUUCAGGAAUCCAAAAAUCACCGACAAGUCGAGGACAUGUCAGCCUAUUCUCUGAAUUGAGGGUGAACCGAUGCCAAAUCUGGAGUCAAACCUGCUUUAGUAGACCGCUGCGUCUUCAACCACGCACCACAAAUAUCUCAAUUACGAAAGGCUAAAACAUUGCCUUUUUUCACACAUAACAGUAGUGUUUUUUUUUUCGUGAACACUUGGACAGGAAACACACACUGCAUGUACAAAAUACAAGGGGCAUUUUCCUCUCUCACGAAGUCCACCGAUGGUGAUGUACGUUCCAAAAGAGGCCCCAGCUCAGUAUCAGACUCAUAUACUGAGCUGGGGCCUCUUUUGUAUUAGGAACAUAUUACUGCUACUAUCAGUAAUAUGUUCCUAAUAUUUUGUACAUUUGUUGACUAAAUAUAUUUUAUGAUUUAUUUACCAUGUUGUACGUACAGUAUACAAAGUAAAAAGUGAUCCAGCCAUCCUACAGCAUUGUGUCAGAAGAUGUGUCCAUUUAAAGAUACAGUAAAGAUGGUCUUGAAAACCAGGUUUGUGCGCCCACAAAACCUUUGUUGACAUGACAGCAGUUGUGACUUCUUGUCGACCUGUAGUACCAUUAUGCCUUUCUAUAUGAAACACAUCUCAGUUACAUGUUGUUGAAGCUUGUAGCAUAGCACACUCAUGUCAGUUCCUCAUCUGAUGACAGUCUUCGUUUGUGGUUCUGAUGUCUUUUUAUGAAAAGCAAACACCAGAGAUGUACAGUAUUUAUUGUUUUAAGUUUAGAAAACAAAACGUGAAUUGUCAGUUGGUGCCUAAACAAAACUCACCAAACUCACCAAUCUAGUAGCACUGAAAGGAAUAAAAGUUCUGUUGCUAUAGUUUAUAUUUAUUAAUGUAUUCAUUUAAAUAUGUGUUGCCACAAAGUACUAAUUGCUUCAGCCUGAAACUUUAAAAAAACUACAUAGACUAUCUAUGUUUUUAUUUUUAUUUUUUAAGUUUCAGGCCUGCAAUUCUUUUGCAUACCUGCCUCUAAAAAUAGCCGUUUUUAACAUUCGAUUAUACUAUGGCGAGUACAGCCUCAUGUCACUCUGUUACUAGGUUGCCAAAAAAAACAAUAUGAGCCCAUGUUAUCAACCUGGGUAUUAAACGUGUAAUGUCCACUACCUAAAACCAUGGUUUUAUGACUGAGACUUGUAUUUGAAGUAUUUCAUUCUAGCCUAAACAUGAUUAUAUUAGUGCCUGUGUAUUGUGAAGGUCCCUUAUGGCCGUUUUUCAGUCCAAAUCCCUGAAGUGGAUGUUUUACUGUAUAUCAUGUUAGAUAAUUAAGUCAGCAUUGCUUUUUUUUAUUAUAUAUAUAUAUAUAUAUAUUUUAUUUUUUUUGACAUGUACAUAUUUGCAUUUCACCUGUGAUGGAAUGUUAUUUUUUUUACUAUCAUUUCAUGUAUUUGAUUUGGGUCUUCCUCCAUAGCCUUACGUACAAAUAGCAGAGCAUAUCAUCUAUGUGGUUCUCGUGUCAAAAGUCGAGGAGUAGGCUUUAGCGUAAUUUGCCAAUGUUGUUUUGUAAAAAAAAUUGUGAAAUUGUGUGAGGUUACACCUUGUUAGUCAAAUACACAUGUGUAAUAUCUGUGUAGCAAAAAAACUGUUUGAAAGUAGACUACGGAGUAACGUCGUGUAACCAAACCAAACAGGUGAAUGAACAGGCCUGCGCUGUCAAUGUGUCCAAUGAACAGGUGAAGGACAGUCCAUCAUUUCUGACACGUGGGUCCUAACCCUAUCAUCAUUUAAUAAGAUAUGAUACCUCUUUUUAAUAAACUUUUCAAAUAAGAAGCUGUUUAUCGAAUACCGUGGCACAAUGUAAUGACAUUUCCAGUGCCAGUCAAGUUGAAUGAAGUAUCUGCAAGUAUUGUGAUAUGUUUGGUAUUGUCAAGGUGUCCCCUUUACAUAUGGACGCUUAUGAAAGCAAUUAAUGAGUAGAACAGGAAUUAGUGCCAUUUUAUUUAUAUAUUUAAGACUAAUAAAAUGACUUACAGUUUAAAGGUGGGCGAAAGAUGGCUGACUAGAAUUCAAAAUGUGAGGGUAUUAUUUUAUGUUAGAUUUGCAUCUGGUCCAGGAUGUCUUACAAAAAAACACACAAACUAGUUUUGUACUUAAAGUAUUAUUCCAGUUAAAACGCACACAGAUGAAGCUCCAUAACAGUGUGUAAUUAAACUUGUGUUGACCAAAUAUUUGGCGUGAUUGUUUCAGCUGUUGACAUCCAGUUGUGUUAACACUGUCCUCUACCGCCGCGGCGGGGACAUUUAAUGUGUACUUCUGGUGAAAUUCUUUUCUAUGUGUGUUUCUACAGUUUAUGAGGAACCGCAAAAAAUACCAAUAAAAAACAAAAAAGUG